AUGGGGGACCUGCUGGCGUCAUUGCCCGCCCUUGAGGCGGCCAGUGAGAAGCUAUACCUGUCUCAGGUGCCCCAGGAGCGCGCACAAGCCGAGCAGAUGCUGCGGGUGUUUGGGACUUCCACUGAGUAUGUGGCACACUGCAAGGCAAUCCUGGACAACUCCUCCUCGCCUUACGCCCAGGUGCUUGCCUCCUCCAGCCUCAUCAAGAUUGUGACGGAGCACACGCUGAGCACAGCAGUGAAGCUGGAGAUGCGCACCUACUUUCUAAAUUACUUGGACAGCCGAGGACCGCAGCUGGAGCCCUUUGUGGCUACCUCGCUCAUCCAGCUGCUCUGCCGCAUGACCAAGUUGGGGUGGUUUGAGGACGAUGCCUACCGUGUGCUGGCAGACGAGGCUCGCAACUUUUUAGAGAAGGGCACCACGGGAGGCUCCCAGGCGCACUACCUGCUGGGCCUGCGCAUCCUCAACAUGCUUGUGUCAGAGAUGAACGCGCCCACGGCGGGCCGCUCGCUCACGCAGCACCGCAAGAUUGCGGUCAACUUCAGGGAUCAGUCGCUGUACAAGGUGUUCCAGCUGGCGCUCACGGCGCUGCGCCACCUACACGGCACGGCAGCCGACGAGAAGCUGAAGGAGCAGGCAGUCCAGCUGGCACUGCAGUGCCUAUCAUUUGACUUCGUGGGGACCUGCCUGGAUGAGUCGUCAGAGGACCUUGGCACCAUCCAGGUCCCCUCAGCGUGGCGUGCGUCCAUCGAGGACCCUUCCACCUUGCAGCUCUUCAUAGAUUGCUACUGCGCCACCCAGCCGCCCCUCAGCAACAUGGCGUUAGAGUGCCUAGUGCGCCUGGCCUCGGUGCGCCGCUCUCUGUUUAGCAGCGAAACCGAGCGCUCCAACUUCCUCAGCAGGUUGGUCAACGGCACGCGCGACCUGCUGCGCCAGCAGAGCGGGCUGGCCCACCACGCCAACUAUCACGAGUUCUGCCGCUUGCUGGGCCGCCUCAAGGCCAACUACCAGCUGUCGGAGCUGGUGGGCCUGGAGAGCUACAAGGAGUGGAUCCAGCUGGUGGCCGACUUCACCGUUUCCUCGCUCAACUCCUGGCAGUGGGCCUCUGGCUCGGUCUACUACCUCCUGGGCCUGUGGUCCCGCCUGGUGUCGAGCAUGCCGUACCUGAAGGGGGAUGCACCCUCGCAGCUGGAUGUGUAUGUGCCCAAGAUCACCCGGGCCUACAUCACCUCCCGCCUCGAGUCUGUGCAAGCGGUAGUCAUGCAGGGAGGAGAGGAUCCGUUGGACAACGAGGAGCAGCUGCAGGACCAGAUGGAUUCGCUGCCCUACCUGUGCCGCUUCCAGUACGGAGAGACUGCCGAGUACCUGACCAGCCUCACCGACCCGCUCAUCGCCGCGUACCAAAACUACGGCGGCUCGGCGGCGGGCCAGGACCUGAAGCAGCUUGAGAUGCUGGAGGGGCAGCUGACGUGGCUGGUGCACAUCAUUGGGGCGGUGGUGCGGGGGCGCAUUAACACCACAGGGGCAGAUGCGCAAGAGACGAUGGAUGGCGACCUGGCGGCUAGAGUGUUUGGGCUGCUGCGGCUUGUAGACGCGGGGUACCACACAACGCGGUAUGGGGAACACUCGCGGCAGCGGCUGGACCUGGCGCUGCUGUCUUUCUUCCAAAACUUCCGCAAGGUCUAUGUGGGGGAGCAGGUCAUGCACAGUAGCAAGGUCUACCUGAAGCUGAACGAGCGGCUGGGCCUCAGCGACCACUCCACAGUGCUCAACAUCAUGCUGAGCAAAAUCGCCACCAACCUCAAGGUGUUUGGCAGCUGCGAGGAUGUGGUGGAGCAGACGUUGACGCUGUUCCAGGACCUAGCGGCGGGGUACAUGAGCGGCAAGCUGCUGCUCAAGCUAGACGCCAUCGCCUUCCUGCUCACGCACCACACCUCGGACUACUUCCCCUUCCUGACCGACCCCUCCAACCUGCGCAAUCGCACCACCUUCUACCACACCCUGGCCCGCCUGCUCUUCAUGGAGGACACCCCCGCCAAGUUCAAGUCCUUUGUGGCCCCGCUGCAGCAGGUGUUGGUGGGCCUGGCCUCAGCCAGCAACAACGCCACCAACGCGGCAGCGCUGCGGGGCAGCGUGCCCAAGGAAACCGUGAUAGGGCUGUUCCGGGACCUCCGCGGCAUCGCCACUGCAACCAACAGCAGGCGGACGUAUGGCAUGCUGUUCGACUGGCUCUACCCCGCCCAUUUCCCAACCAUCCUGGCGUGCAUGGAGGCCUGGGCAGACACGCCAGAGGUGACGACCGCGCUGCUGAAGUUCAUGGCUGAGUUUGUCCUGAACAAGACGCAGCGCCUCACCUUUGACUCCUCCUCGCCCAACGGCAUCCUGCUGUUCCGGGAAGUCUCAAAGGUCAUAGUGACGUUUGGCAACCGUGUGCUGCAGCUAGCGCCCACAGCAGACCCCUAUGGCCAGAAGUACAAGGGCAUUUGGAACUGCCUGACCAUCCUGACGCGGGCGCUGGGCGGCAACUACGUCAACUUUGGCGUGUUUGAGCUGUACGGCGACCCUGCGCUCAAGGAUGCUCUGGACAUGAGCCUGAAGAUGGCGCUCAGCAUCCCUCUGAACGACAUCCUGGCGUGCAGGAAGGUGGGCAAGGCGUACUUUGCGCUGCUGGAUGUGCUGUGCCACAACCACUCCAACGUCAUCGCCACACGGGACACGACCACGUUCGGCUUCCUGCUGAACAGCUUGGAUGCGGGGCUGAAGAGCCUGGACGUCAGCAUCAGCUCGCAGUGUGCGGCGGCGGUGGACAACCUGGCUGGAUACUACUUCAAGCACAUGCCAGGCAGCGAGAGCCCCACCCCCGCAGCAGCAGCCAUAGCGGAGCACUUGCGGCAACGCCCCGAGCUCUUCCCCCAGAUCCUCUCCACGCUGUUUGAGAUUGUUCUGUUCGAGGACUGCACAAACCAGUGGUCUCUCAGCCGCCCCAUGCUGAGCCUCAUACUCAUCAACGAGCAGAUCUACGGGCAGCUGCGGCAGCAGAUAGUGGCUAGUCAGAUGCCCGACCGCCAGCAGCACCUGGCAGCCUGCCUGGAGAAGCUGAUGCUGGAUGUGCAGCGCAACCUGGAGCCCAAGAAUAGAGACAAGUUCACCCAGAACUUGACGAUCGUCAGGCACGACUUCCGAUCCCGGAGUUGACUGUUGGCCCCCAUUCUUUCUUCCUUUUGCUGCAUGAUCACAUCUCCCUCUCCUCUCUCUCCUUGCUGCAACAAGGCAGUU